CUGAGACGGCUAAACAGCAAGGAUUCACAGAAGAUUGGAAGAUCUGGUACUGCAGAGAACUGCAAGAGCGAGUGAGUGAGUGAGAGAGAGAGAGAGAGAGAGAGAGAGAGAGAGAGACAGGGAGCGCGAGAAGAGAGAGAGAGCGAGAGAGAGAGUGAGUGCUGGGAUACACGUAAAACGUGAAGUGGGACCUUGCACAGAGGUACAGUGCAACCCAAGGAUAUUAUUUUGGAGGAGGGGAGGAUAGCGGGACCUAUAGAGAGUGUUAGAAAGGAAGGGCACCCUACUAUGAGAGAGGAGGAGCAGUCCAUUGAUAACCACUCCGACGGAAGGAUGGCCACCAGUGAGGAGGAGACCGACGGACCACAUUCCAAAGCCUGUCCUGUUGUCAUGGCAACACCAGGGAUGACCGGACGCAAGCGUCAACCUGGCCCGCAGAUGGAGAAUCACAUUACCAGCACCACUGCCACCACCACCACCACCACUACCACAGCGGAGGACAGCAAGGCCAGACUCAGGGAAGACGUUCACCUGCAUGCUCCGACAGGACCCAAGAGAGUCAAGAGCAGCCCCCAGCAUCGCUCGCCCUCCUCCGGCCCCUCCCUCUCGCCUCUGUCUGGUCCCGGGGCCCUGGAGGACCCACACGCUCAGCGUAUGAUCGCAAACGUCCGCGAGCGCCAGCGAACGCAGUCCCUCAACGACGCCUUCGCCUCGCUGCGCAAAAUCAUCCCCACACUUCCCUCAGACAAACUGAGCAAGAUUCAGAUCUUGAAGCUGGCCUCGCGUUACAUUGACUUCCUCGACCAGGUUUUGCAGAGCGACGAGAUGGAUACGAAACUGGCUGGAUGUAACUAUUUGGCCCACGAGAGACUGAGCUACGCGUUCUCGGUCUGGAGGAUGGAAGGAGCCUGGUCCACUAUGUCCGCCGGAAACUAGUCGCAACAGCACAAAAAGGAGCAGGCUUUAAAACUCUGUCGAAAAUAUUAUUUCUAUCGCAUUCCUGCCUCAUUACAUAUUGAUAAAAGACAGUGAAAACAGAAUACAGAGGGGAUGUAAUUUGUGAUGAAGGUCAACAGCUCGAGUUCAAC